AUGGCCGAUACUUCGAGAAAGAGGAAGCAGACGCCAGGCAACACGGGUCCUGUCAAUCCUGUCAAACGCACCCGAUUCCAACAGAGGCCGCAGCACGUCAUCCCCGCCAUACCGACUAGCAACGCGUACCCCAAUGGCGAGAUCAACGUCAAAAACUUUCUCAAGUCGCACGAAAAUGAGAUCAAAUCGCUCGAGGGCGCCAUCAAGGCGGCCAAGAAGGGGCAGUCGCGACGAGCUUUUCAAGAUGUGCCGAGGGGGUUGAGGAGGAGGACGGCGAGCCAUAAUCCGCAUCGCGUACCAAAGAGACUGCGGGUCAGGGCGCGACAGGAGGCUAAAGAAGACAACACACCCAUUUCAAGAGGCACUAGCGGAAGCGGUGUUGGGAAAGGGAAGAAGAAGCAUCUGAGGAAGGCGGGGAGGGAGAACAGCAGGCAGGUCGCCAAGAAGAGGAACAACGGCAACACCGCUGCAGCUGGGAAAGACCAUGACGGGGACGCAGCAAUGGAGGAUGCGCCGGAGCAAGUCACGAAGCCUCCACCACCAAAGCCGAAGCGCAAGUUUCCUGCUUUAGCUACGCCCGCUACCCCUCCAUCUCGAUUCCGCAGACGACAGCGAGACAAGACAUGGCUACCCACGCAUCUAUGGCAUACGAAGCGCGCAAAGAUGACAGAACCAAAGGAGCCGCUCUGGCGCUUCGCAAUCCCACUGCAACCAGCAGUCAAGGCAUAUCGUCUGACACACAGAGCCGCAACCCAGCGCGGAGCCGUUGCGUGGGAUGUAAGCUACAUGUCAACUCUCAGUCUCGAGGGCCCUGAGGCUAGUAUAACCGGGCUACUCAAGGGUCUGCACUUUGCGGUAGACAGUGCAGAGGACCCGUGGCAGAACAGAGGCAGGGCCAGGAAGUGGAGAAAUGGUACCAGAGCUUGGGAAGGCUGGAUAUACGAAAGAGAAGCCAAGCCGCUGAAGAAAAUCGCUCAAGUGACUGUUAUCUGGUGUGCCCCGCAUGCAGGCAGCAACAAGACGAAAGCCUUUGUUCGUGUGCACCCGAGCGCUUUCUUACAACUCUGGAAUCAAGUGGUCAGGAUGGCCAAAGUGCAGAAGCCAGCUGUCACGGUUCGAGAUCUCCGCUUCGAUAUUGGCUCUAUCGAGAUCACAGGUCCUGCUGCUACAGAAGCCCUUUGCUCGAUUCUCGCUCCCGUAUCUUCCCCAGAUGCAGGGCCCGAUGCUCCAGAGUCUCUUUGGUCCGCCUUGGCUUCUGUCACAGACGCUGCGUCACUACCAAACGGUGCGCUUUUGUCUUUUAACAUUUCAGAUCCCCGGCUUCGCGAUCCUCCUCGCACAUCGCCCGUGGCAUACGACCAACAGUCUCUGACUGCCUUGACGGAAACCCUUGCAGCCUGGCCGCUCGACAACGCCUCAAUCCCAGCCUCCAUCUUCGAUACCAACAGCCGGCUAGCCGCACAACGAACCAUGCCGUCUCAGAAGUCUAUAAAUCGUCGGAAGAGCGCAUGCACAUUAGGUGAAGACCCAGAGGCACGCUCAACCGAUCCGCGUAUUCCGACGCUUGUACUUGUAUCGCGAGAAAGCAAGUCUUGGACUGUUCUUCUUCCCUGGAGAUGCGUCAUGCCCGUAUGGCGACAGAUGAUGCGCUACCCGGUAUCUACAGGCGAAACCCCACUAUUUGGCGGCUUGAAAGAAAGACGCCAGGUUGACUUUGAGCGCUCGAAGCCGCACUUCCCGUACGAUCAUCCUGGCACGGAUGCUGGAUGGAGUUGGGAACUACGUGAGCGAGAGGUGAGGAAGCACGAAUGGACUAAGCGUCCAAAGGGAAAGAGGAUUGAGUGGUCGACGAUUGAUCUCGGCAAUGGUAGGAAGGGUGAGAUUGGAGAUCCCUGGUCUUGCGACUGGGAGCGAUUGAUUCCAAGAUGGAAAGGAGAGAUUACCACUCCUCGAGAGGAGCCAGGAGAGUCCCGGACCCCUGUCAGACAGCUCUCUCCCAGAGAUGCAGUUCACUUGAUUGAGAAGGGCAAUGCUACGUUGGGCGACUCUUGGCCGUCACUAGAUGUGUUCACUGCCAAGAUCACAAUGGUACAGCGAGGUACCCCUACAGACUGCGCUCGCAUCUACCGUCUGCCUGCAGACGCACAAGUUCGAAGCAGAUGGCUGUCCUUGAUGCCACAACCUGGCACAAAGCGUGCAUCGAAAGCAGGCGAGGAGGACUAUCCUCUUGUCCCCGACGAGGCGGAUCUAAUGGGUUUUGUUACAACAGGCAACUACAACCUUGCAGAGGGCAUGCCAACAGCUAUUGCGAAUCUGGCGGUGCACAGAGUAGGUAGCGAUGGCGUGUGCAUUGUGAGACAGGCGGGAAGCACCAUAGGCAGACUGGCGAGGUGGGAGGUAGUGUAA